AUGAACAUGGAGCAGUGGAUUAGUGAAGGAUUGUCCAAAAUCUUGGAUUUCCAGAUACCGGAUGAUUUAAUAAAAUAUAUAAUGUCUAUAGAAAGUGAGAAUGAUUUGAAUGAGUACAUGAAAACUCUGCUCGACUUUGAUAACUCACAACAUAAAGGUUUCUUCCUGGAACUUUGCAAGAAAAAGUUCCCAAGCAGAGCCGCAUCACAACCCAAACAAAAGAAGAAAAUAUCUAAGAAUAAGCAACAAGACUUCAUCAGUGCCCCACCACCAGUUCAGGAAAUAAAGGAACCUGUGGAAUCUGAUAGCAAGUCCAAGAAGAAGACCAAGUAUGUCAACUUGUACUCACAAGAAGGGAAGAAUGCACAAGUUGUGUUGUUAAAAGGCAGACACCGCUGUGACUGUCAAGCUUCCAAACAUGAUUUGGUCAACAAUUGCAUUCAAUGUGGACGUGUCGUGUGUACGCAAGAAGGCUCAGGACCAUGCCUGUUUUGUGGUAACCUGGUGUGCACUCCAGAAGAACAAAAAGAGAUAAAUUCGAAGACCAAGGGUGCUGCCAAGCUGAUGGAGUCUUUAAUGGAACGAAGUAGACCUAAAGGAUGGGAGGCUGCCCUCUCACACAGGAACCGUCUACUGGAGUAUGACCGCACUAGUGAGCGUCGUACUCGCGUCACGGACGAUGACAGCGACUACUUCAACGCUAACAGCGUAUGGCUGAAUGCUACUGAAAAGGACAAGUUAGAAAAAUACCAACAAUCUCUCCAUGACAAGAAACAUGGCUCCAGGCUCAAUAAGAAGAUGACAUUUGAUUUUGCUGGUCGCCAAAUAGUGGAAGACAACACAGUAGACUAUGAGCCGGACGAGGAUCAGAUCAGACAGAUGACUACUGACAAUACUACCAGUGGAAGCAAGCUGCAACAUGACAUGUUCAUCGGAGUGGCCAGUGACAGGGACGUGGCUCCUGGAGUUAAUGCACCGCUUUUACAGUUCGACCCUUCAGUAGAGAAAGGCUACGCUCAGGUGACCAGAAGUAAUCCUGGCCAGCAGAUGCCUCGCGUCCAGGACAUGGAGCUGCAGGAGAUGAGUGACACCGGCCGCUGUCUGUCCAUGCACCAACCCUGGGCUUCUCUCCUUGUUGAGGGGAUUAAGCUGCAUGAAGGUCGUACCUGGUACUCCAGUCACCGCGGUCGACUGUGGAUCGCAUCUACGGUGAAGCCACCAGACCAGGAACUCGUUAGGGCCAUUGAGAACCAGUAUAGAGUUCUAUACCCAGAUACAGAAGUAAAGUUCCCGUCGUUCUACCCAACUGGAUGUCUCCUCGGCUGUGUCAACGUGGAUGACUGCCUACCACAAGAAGAGUACCAAAAAAAAUACCCAGGUGGUGAGAGUGACAGUCCGUACGUGUUCAUCUGUUCCAAUCCCAUCAGCUUGAGGCUUAGGUUCCCGAUCAAAGGAGCCCAUAAAAUAUAUGCAUUGGACAAAACGAUUCAUCAAGCAGCUGUGAAGAGCAUUCAGAAAAUGUUCAAAGUCCAGCCAAAUGCUGCAUAA